AUGGAUCGGGAAGAAUAUCUGCGGAAGUGUUCCAAUAUGAAAUGCCAAAGAGUUCAGGUGGAUGAAUCAUACGUGCCUUCCUUUCAAGAUGAUGGGAUGGAAAUUGAGCAUUUGCUUGAAGAACCUAGAAGUGAUCAUGUUUCAUUGGAUGGCAGUUUAGCUUCUGACACAGCUUUGACAGACAAGAAUGAUUUGGAACUGGAGGUCCUUGAUGGAUUCCUGGGUGAGGGAUUCCUGGAUGAUGUUGACAUCAAUGAUCUUGAAGGAGCUGAUGGUUUCACCGAUGUAUCUGGAGGGUAUUUCUUAGAUUUUGAUUUUGCCAAAGUUGAGUUACUAGGCUCCGGUGCUUAUGAAGACUCACUUUUGGAAAACUCAAAUUCGGAAAGUCAAUCUCCAGGAUUAAGUGGAAGUAGCACUGUUGGUGGAAUAUCAGAAUCAGCAAAAGCACCCAAUAGUACACUAUCUGAAUGCAAAAUUGAAUCUCUAGAGGAGACAGUCACCCAUGAUACACAUGGUGUUUUCAGGAACAAUCCAAGUCAACCAUCAAAUGUGGCAGUAUGUUGUCUUGUAAGACAGAAAAUGUUACUGUUGAAAAUUGCCAAUCUGCUCCACCUAGAGAGAAGAGAUUCCGAAAGCCUACUAAGAGGAUUGAAGAAUAUUCCAAGCGAAAAGUCUAGUAAUGGUAAUAGUGAUGUAACGCCUACCGAGUUGCAACGCUGCAAGAAGCUGCCAAAGAAAGAGGAACUUGAGUAUGACAAUGAGUCUUUUUCCUCGGAGGAGUUUGAGGACGAGUUUGAGGAAGAGUUUGAGGAUGAACGUUCGCCACCAAAAAGAAGUAGAUCAAAAGAUCGAAGAAAGCAUCAAAGGAUGUGGACAACCGCCGAAGUGACGAAGUUGGUUGAUGGCAUAUCUGAAUAUGGAGUUGGUCGAUGGACUGAUAUACAGAGAUUUCUAUUUUCGGCUUCAGGCUACCGAACUCCCACAGAUAUCAGGGACAAGUGGCGUAACCUUCUCCGAGCCAGUUCUGCACAGAAAUUCAUCCAGAAAGAGGGUGAGGAAAAUGACAAGAUUGCCCCGAGGGCCUUACCUUUCAGUGUGGCAAGCCGAGUGCUGGAAUUGGCUAAAAUUCACCCAUACCCAAAGCGACGAAACUCGAAGAGAUCGUUUGAUAGUCAAGUCGGCUCUUCUGUCACAGCCAGUCAAAGCAGUGGUUCUUCUAUUAGUCUUGGCAGAAGAAAUGUCCGUAGGAAGAAUUGUACUUAG